AUGGGAUUGCGUGAGGCUAACGCAGUGAGAGAUGUCAUUACCGGUGCAUUUUCUAUAAACUCAAUUCUUGUUAAAGUUUUAUUUGAUUCUGGUGCAACAUAUUCAUUCAUUUCUAAAAAUAUACUUCCAAAAUUGCUGCAUUGUCCAAAAACUAUAGAUGAUAUAGAUAUUCCUAUAGAACUUCUAACUGGGGGUGUAGUUCAUUGUGCUAGGAUUUAUAAGGACAUUCCUAUAAAGAUUAAGAGGAAAGAAUUUAGGUCCAACUUAAUCGAAUUUGAAUUAGGAGACCUCGAUAUAAUUCUAGGGAUGGAUUGGUUAUGUCGGUAUAAUGCUGAGAUCCGAUGGUCAGUUAAAGAAAAUCCACUUGAAAACGGCUCAUGGAGAGCUCGUAACCCAUUGGAGGCACAGAAAACCCAGGCAAACUUAGAUUAUUUCUUUAAUGAAGUUGGAGUAUGA